AUACCAUCGGCUAGAUUUAGGAACAACUUCCCUUUGCGCCUCUGCAAAAAGCAUCUCGGAGAAAGACCUGAGGUAGAACAAAAGUGGACAAAUGGACUUCAGGGCCCAGCUCAAGUCCCGCUCAGGGCCUAGCCCUGGGGCAGAGCUCAAGACCAGCACCCCGCAGAAAGUCGACUUCAGAUCGGUUUUGGGGAAGAAGCCAGGUGGUUCACCCAAACCUGCACCUGCCACCCCAGCUCCCAGCAGUGCCCCAUCCGACUUCAGGUCCGUGCUUAGCAAGAAGAAGACAGAGGAACCGGAGAAGAACGAGCAGAAACAAACCCCCAAAGCGCCGGUGCCGAAGGACAAACAGAACGGCCUGAACAGCGUGAACGGAGCCACUCCUGAAAAGAAGAACCUGUUUGAGAAAGGACCAGCGGAGAAAAAGACUAACCUGUUUGAGAAAGGAAAAACAGAGCCAAAGACGACACAGGACGUGAAAGCACCAGCAGAUAAAAAGACCAAGAUUGAUGGAGAUGCUACAGAAAAGAAAGGUACCCCCGCGGCAAAAGGAAUUGCAGACAAGAAAGCUGUGGAUGGAGGGGUAGCAGAGAAAGCUAACAAAGUUGCGGACGGGGGCAUUGGAAAGAAGAAGGAUUCAGGGGUCGGGCAGAAGACAACUUCGGGCAAGGCGCCCACAUUCACACAGACGCUGAGCGAUGUCAGCGUGGCGGAGGGAGAGAAGCUGCGGUUACAGUGCGAAGUGACCUCUGACCCUCCAGCUGUCAUCACUUGGUCUUUAGAUGGAAAGGUGGUGAAACCAUCCAAGUUCAUUGUCUUAUCUCAAGAAGGAGGCUUGUGCACGCUCGCCAUAGACAAAGCCCUGCCAGAGGAUAAGGGACGCUACACAUGCAAAGCAGAAAACUCAGCAGGGAAAGCCGAAUGUUCGUGCACGGUUCAGGUGGCCGAUGUCUCUGAUGCAGCAUCAGGUGACAAGAACAGGAAAUCCUCAACAGCCACCACAGAAAAUGAGGCAAGAAUAAAGAAGAAACCAGCACCAAAGUCUCCUACCAAACAGGCUUCUCCCCCUCAGAUUGUGCAGCUCCCUGGAGACCAGACAAUCCGGGCUGGAGAGAAGGUGGAGCUGCUCUGUACCUUUGCAGGGGCUACGCCCAUCACCUGCACUUGGCUGAAGUUCAAGAAGCCGAUCCAGUCAGGAAGCGGAGGCGUAUCCAUUGAGAAUACAGAGACCAGCAGUCAGCUGACCAUCGCCUCCAGCGAGCAGGAUCACUGUGGUUGCUACACACUGGAACUGCAGAACAAAUUUGGCACCAAACAGGCCUCAGUCAAUCUCGCUGUUGUAGAUAAACCUGAUCCACCAGCCGGUGUGCCCGCUGCCUCAGAUAUCCGCAAGUCCUCUCUCACGCUGUCAUGGUACGGUCCCACCUACGAUGGCGGGAGCAUCGUCAAGUCUUACAACAUAGAAAUAUGGAACUCCACGGACAAGGCAUGGACGGAGCUGACCUCCUGCAACAGCACUUCCUACCAUGUCCAGAACCUUCUGGCCGACCGAGAGUACAAGUUCCGUGUGCGAGCGGUCAACAAGUACGGAGUCGGGGAACCAAGUGCAGAGUCCGAGCCCGUCAAAGUGGGAGUGGAGGAGCAGAAAGCGAAAAAAGAAGAAGAGGAAGAGGAAGCUGAGGCAGCAGCCUCUGAUGAUGAUGCUGAGCCGGAGCAGGAGUACAGAGAUGUGGUCGUCAAGAAAGACUGCAGUGUUAAGGACCUCUACGAUGUCGAAGACCGCCUGGGAACGGGUAAAUUUGGACAAGUCUUUAAACUGGUGGAGAAAGGGACGGGGAAGGUGUGGGCAGGAAAGUUCAUCAAAGCGUUCUCCGCCAAGGAGAAGGAGAACGUCAGGCAGGAGAUCGGCAUCAUGAACAGUCUCCACCAUCCCAAACUGGUACAGUGCGUGGACGCUUUCGAGGGAAAAUCCGACAUGGUCAUGGUCAUGGAACUGAUCUCUGGCGGUGAGUUGUUCGAACGGAUCGUGGACGAGGACUUUGAGCUUACGGAACGAGAGGUCAUCAAAUACAUGCUGCAGAUUAUCGACGGAGUCCAGUUCAUCCACAAACAAGGCAUCGUCCAUCUCGACCUCAAACCAGAAAACAUCAUGUGUAUCAACAAGACGGGCAGCAAGAUCAAACUCAUUGACUUUGGCCUCGCUAGACGUCUAGAGGGCUGUGAUUCACUGAAGGUGCUCUUCGGGACUCCAGAGUUUGUGGCUCCAGAAGUGAUCAACUAUGAGGCCAUCAGCUACCCAACUGACAUGUGGAGCAUUGGCGUGAUCUGCUACAUUCUAGUCAGUGGUCUGUCUCCAUUUAUGGGAGACAAUGAUAACGAGACCCUUGCUAACGUCACUUCUGCCACCUGGGACUUUGAAGACGAGGCGUUUGAUGAGAUUUCUGACCAAGCCAAAGAUUUCAUCAGCAGUCUCCUGAAGAAAGAUAUGAAGGCUCGCCUGACCUGUGAACAGUGCUUGGAGCAUAAAUGGUUGAAACAGGACACGAAGAACAUGAAAGCCAAGCAGCUGUCAAAAGAGAGGAUGAAAAAAUACAUCUUGAGACGUCGGUGGCAGAAAACGGGGAACGCAGUGAGAGCCAUCUCCAGAUUCAGUUCCAUGGGAAUGUUGGGAGGUGUGGGCCCAAAGAAAGGAUCUCCUACUGAAGAGAACUCCUCUGCGCCGUUCCUCGAGAGCGCGGAGGAUGAUCGCCAACCCGCCCCGCCUACUUUUACCUCCGUCAUUCAGGACGUGGAGGUGGUGGAGGGCAGCGCCGCCCGCUUCGACUGCGUGAUCGUGGGUCACCCUGACCCAGAGGUCGUGUGGUACAAAGAUGACCAACCCAUCAAGGAGACGCGUCACUUCCAGAUAGAUUAUGAGGAGGACGGUCACUGCAGCCUCGUCAUCUCCGAGGUGUGUCCGGACGACGAUGCCAAGUACACCUGCAAGGCGGUCAACAGCCACGGAGAGGCCAGCUGCACCGCAGAUCUCCUGGUGGAGUUUAUGCAAGAGGAGGAGGCGGAAGGAGAAGGAGAGGAGGAGGAGGAGGAGGAAGAAGAGGAGGAGUGAAGGGCGGUCUGAAAGGUGGAGGAGAGGUGAAGGAAGAGACGGAGCGGCAGAGGAAGACGCGGAGGAGGACAAGUUAAGAAACGACACAGGAGCGAUCAUAUCUUAAGGC